AAUGGCGGCGCGCUGAAGAUUGAAGUUGAAUGAGUUUAUUUCCGUGUGUCGUGUAUGGAUUGUGGCAAAAAUACGCGAAGGAGAUCAAAGCUUCAGUGGCAAACGAAUUCUGAUAAGUGUCUUCGUUCCUGCAUUUAUGUCGAGAGAGAAAUGUGCUAGCCGUGCUAGCGAACAGUAGCCUAUGCAACCGCUCCGUGGAAUCAUCUCACAUCUGCAUGCAAUAGGGAACCACCACCACCCACCACUACUCGCUCGUUGGACAAUUUCAGGAGGGGUAUUCACAAACCAGUGAAUCACAGAGUGAACUGGAACAUCAUGGCUGAACGAAACUCCACUGGAUUACUAAUGAUGAUGAUGGAGCCAACUCCGGCAAUUGCAAUGACUCUCCCGGCAGAGGUUCGAGAGAAACUCGCGGAGCUGGAGCUGGAGCUAUCCGAAGGGGACAUCACGCAAAAGGGCUAUGAGAAGAAACGGAGCAAGUUGCUGGCCCCUUACAUCCCACAGAUCCAAGGAGUAGAUCCAUCUCUUCAGAUUGAGCACAGAAUUCAGGCGGCGUCCCAAGCUGCUCCAGCUGGCUCCAAACAGAACAAAUCGCGGACGCCAAACACGCGGGAUGAGCGUUUCCGCUCCGAUCUGCACACAGAAGCCGUACAAGCAGCGUUGGCCAAAUACAAAGAGAGAAAGAUGCCCAUGCCCUCCAAGAGACGCUCCGUGCUCGUCCAGUCCUCGGUAGAAGCAUGCACGCCCCCAGACACCUCAUCGGCCUCGGAGGACGAGGGCUCGCUGCGCCGGCAGGGACGGAUCCAGGCCUCCUCCACCCCGUACCAGGCCCACGCCAGCGUGGAGCACUGGUUUAACAGGGUCAUCCAGGGCUCGUCCACCUCAUCCUCCGCAUCCUCCACCUCAUCCCACCCCGGAGGGAGGCCGCACGCCGCAGCCAACCCCACCGCCACCGCCACCGCCCUGGCCGACCUCAUGGCACACACCCAGCUAGAUAACCACUCGGCGCCGCCGGACGUGACGGGCCUGUCGGAGCGCUCGCUGCACGCCGAGCGGCCCCAGGUGGCCUCAGUACGCGGCCUACCCCGCGGCUACAACCACACCAGCGUCAUGGAGACCGCAGACGGCGUCCGCGAGAGCCGGCUCGGAGUCCGGGGUGUGUCGGAGGGUGUUCCGGUCAACAGUCGCGUCUCCUCUAAGAUCCAGCAGCUGCUCAACACGCUCAAGAGGCCCAAGCGGCCGCCGCUGAGGGAGUUCUUCGUGGACGACUUCGAGGAGCUUCUGGACGUUCAGCACCCGGACCCCAACCAGCCCAAGCCGGAGGGGCUGCAGAUGAGUCCUCUGGAGGGGGAGUCUCAGGGCGUGGUCUCCAACUGGCCCCCCUCCCUGCUCGCCUCCCUCCAGCGCUGGGGCACCACGCACCCCAAGAGCCCCUGCCUCACCGCCCUGGACAACGCCGGCAAGCCCGUCUACACGCUCACAUACGGGAAGCUGUGGACCAGGAGUCAGAAGCUGGCUUACACCCUAAUGAACAAGCUGAGCACCAGGAACGAGCCACUGCUCCGACCCGGAGACAGGGUGGCGCUGGUCUUUCCCAACAACGACCCGGUCAUGUUCAUGGUGGCCUUCUACGGCUGUCUGCUGGCGGAGCUGGUGCCCGUGCCCAUCGAGGUGCCCCUCACCAGGAAGGACGCAGGAAGCCAGCAGAUCGGCUUCCUGUUGGGCAGCUGUGGCGUCACUCUGGCCCUGACCACGGACGCCUGCCAGAAAGGACUUCCCAAAGCACAGACGGGAGAGGUCGUGACCUUCAAAGGGUGGCCACGACUUCUGUGGUUCGUGACAGAUGGCAAACACGUGGUGAAACCCCCAAAGGACUGGUACCCGCCCAUCAGGGACGCCAGCAACGAGAUCGCUUACAUAGAAUACAAGACCAGCAAGGAGGGGAGCACCAUGGGCAUCACCGUCUCGCACGCCGCCAUGUUGGCUCACUGCCACGCACUCACACAAGCCUGCGGCUACUCGGAGGGUGAAACCAUAACAAACGUCCUCGACUUCAAGAGGGAUGCAGGACUGUGGCAUGGCGUACUUACGAAUGUCAUGAACCGGAUGCACGUGAUCAGUAUCCCCUACUCCCUGAUGAAAGUCAACCCUCUCUCCUGGAUCCAGAAAGUGCACACCUACAAAGCGAGGGUAGCAGUGGUGAAGUCCAGAGACAUGCACUGGUCACUACUGGCCCAGAGGGACCAGCGUGACAUCAGCCUGAGCUCCUUACGGAUGCUGAUUGUGGCGGAUGGAGCCAACCCCUGGUCGAUCUCGUCGUGCGACGCCUUCUUGAACGUGUUCCAGGCGCGUGGUUUGAGGCCCGAGGUGAUCUGCCCGUGCGCCUGCUCUUCUGAGGCCAUGACUGUCGCCCUCCGCAGGCCUCCAGAGACGGGCAUCCCUCCCCCGGGGAAGGCGGUGCUGUCUAUGAGUGGCCUGAGCCACAGCGUGAUCCGCGUGGACACGGAGGAGAAGCUGUCGGUCCUCACCGUGCAGGACGUGGGCCAGAUCAUGCCCGGAGCUCUGGUGUGUGUGGUGCGGUUGGAGGGCACUCCUUACCUGUGCCAGACGGACGAGGUGGGCGAGAUCUGCGUCAGCUCCAGCACCACCGGCAUCUCCUACUACGGGCUGCCCGGCAUGACCAAGAACGUCUUCGAGACCAUCCCAGUGACCGCGUCGGGGGUCCCCAUCACUGACCGGCCCUUCACUCGGACCUCCCUGCUGGGCUUCGUGGGGCCGGACGAUCUGGUGUUUGUGGUGGGCAAGAUGGACGGCCUGAUGGUGGUCAGCGGGCGGAGGCACAACGCAGACGACGUGGUGGCCACAGCGCUAGCCGUGGAGCCCAUGAAGUUUGUGUACAGAGGAAGGAUCGCUGUGUUCUCGGUCUCGGUGCUGCAUGACGAGCGCAUUGUGGUGGUAGCAGAGCAGCGUCCAGACGCAUCAGAAGAGGACAGCUUCCAGUGGAUGAGCCGUGUGCUGCAGGCCAUAGACAGCAUCCACCAGGUGGGGGUGUACUGCCUGGCGCUGGUGCCUGCCAACACGCUGCCCAAGGCCCCGCUGGGCGGCAUCCACAUCUCGGAGACCAAGCAGCGCUUCCUGGAGGGCGCGCUGCACCCCUGCAACGUGCUCAUGUGCCCGCACACCUGCGUCACCAACCUGCCCAAGCCCCGGCAGAAGCAGCCAGGUACAGAGGUGGGUCCGGCCUCCAUGAUCGUGGGGAACCUGGUGGCGGGGAAGCGCAUCGCUCAGGCCUGCGGGAGAGACGUGGCUCAGCUGGAGGACAAUGACCAGGCACGUAAGUUCUUGUAUAUGCAGGACGUGCUGCAGUGGAGGGCCCAGGCCACUCCUGACCAUCCCCUGUUCAUACUGCUCAAUGCAAAGGGCACAGUUGCCAGCACAGCCUCCUGUCUGCAGCUGCACAAGCGGGCAGAGCGUGUUGCGGUGGCGCUGAUGGAGAAGGGCAGGCUGAACACCGGGGACCACGUGGCGCUGGUCUACCCCCCAGGCAUUGACCUGAUCGCCACCUUCUACGGGUGCCUGUACGCAGGCUGUGUGCCGGUCACAGUCCGACCCCCCCACCCCCAGAACCUGGCCACCACUCUCCCCACGGUCAAGAUGAUAGUGGAGGUUAGCAAGUCGGUCUGCAUUCUGACCACACAAGCAAUAAUGAAGCUGCUGAAAUCCAAAGAGGCGGCGGCGGCGGUGGACGUGAAGUCAUGGCCCAUGGUGCUGGACACAGAUGAUCUCCCCAGAAAGAAACCCCCUCAGAUCUACAAACCCCCCACCCCAGAGAUGCUGGCGUAUCUGGACUUCAGUGUGUCCACCACGGGCAUCCUAGCAGGCGUGAAGAUGUCCCAUGCUGCCACCAGUGCCUUGUGCCGCUCCAUCAAGCUCCAGUGUGAGCUGUACCCCUCGCGGCAGAUCGCCAUCUGCCUGGACCCCUACUGCGGCCUGGGCUUCGCCCUCUGGUGCCUGUGCAGUGUGUACUCUGGUCACCAGUCCAUCCUGGUCCCCCCUCUGGAGCUGGAGAGCAACGUGUCUCUGUGGCUGUCCGCCGUGAGCCAGUACAAAGUGCGGGUGACCUUCUGCUCCUACUCCGUCAUGGAGAUGUGCACUAAGGGCCUGGGCCCCCAGACAGAGGCCCUAAGGCUGCGGAACGUCAACCUGUCGUGCGUGCGCACCUGCAUGGUGGUGGCGGAGGAGCGGCCGCGCAUCACGCUCACGCAGUCCUUCUCCAAGAUCUUCAAGGACCUGGGCCUGUCCGCACGCGCCGUCAGCACCACCUUCGGCUGCCGCGUCAACGUGGCCAUCUGCCUACAGGGCACCGCUGGACCCGACCCAACCACCGUCUACGUGGACAUGAGAGCGCUGCGGCACGACAGGGUGCGUCUGGUGGAGAGAGGAUCGCCGCACAGCUUGCCCCUGAUGGAGUCAGGGAAGAUCCUGCCGGGAGUGAAGGUCAUCAUAGCGAACACUGAGACCAAAGGCCCAUUGGGAGACUCCCACCUUGGGGAGGUUUGGGUGAGCAGCCCUCACAACGCCACAGGCUACUACACCGUGUACGGUGAGGAGGCCCUGCACGCUGACCACUUCUGCACCAAGCUCAGCUUCGGUGACACCCAGACAGUGUGGGCUCGCACAGGCUACUUGGGCUUCCUGCGCCGCACCGAGCUGACCGACGCUAGUGGGGAGAGACACGAUGCACUGUACGUGGUGGGGUCUCUGGAUGAGACGCUGGAGCUGCGAGGCAUGCGCUACCACCCCAUUGAUAUCGAGACGUCCGUCAUCCGAUCACACAAGAGCAUUGCAGAAUGUGCCGUGUUCACGUGGACCAACCUGCUGGUGGUGGUGGUGGAGCUGGAGGGCUCGGAGCAGGAGGCGCUGGACCUGGUUGCCUUGGUGACCAACGUGGUGCUGGAGGAGCACUACCUGAUCGUGGGGGUGGUGGUGGUGGUGGACCCGGGGGUCAUCCCCAUCAACUCGCGGGGGGAGAAACAGCGCAUGCACCUGCGCGACGGUUUUCUAGCUGACCAGCUGGACCCUAUUUAUGUAGCCUAUAACAUGUGAGGGAGGCCCGGGAGAACGGGCGGGGACAUUGUGGCGAGACGGAACAAUUUGCACAUCGUGGGAUGGAGAGAGAGGGAGAGAAAGAAAGACGAGGAGGAGAUGAAGUAAAAUGGAUCUUCACUGUGGCUCUCUCUCUUCGUUCACUUUCCUCAGAAGGCAUGGGCCACUCUUGAUCUCCACAGAGCUAUGCAGUGCGUUUAUUUUUCUAUGACUGACUCAUUCGAAUGCCUUGAUCGUUGAGACUGCUUUUGGGUGAGGCAGGUGAUGACAAAAUGUUUUUUUUUUUUUUUCUUUGGUUGUCAUUGGUUUGUUUGUUUUUAUCUUUGUUUGUAAUUGCCAUGUAAAUGGUCAAGCACUCCAUGUGCCAUUAAGCACACUGACCUUCACCCCUCCAAUGACCUUGGCCGAGGGUUUCCCCGAAGCCCUGGCUCAUAUCUCAGCAGGAAAAGAGGUCUGUAGCAUGGCACUUGUAGGACAUAUUACAUGACACAUUUUAGCAAUAUCUGGCCAUGGUUUGAAAUUGUUCAUGGUUUUUGCCUGAUUUAUGAACCUAAAAUAUGCCAAUUAAUGAAGCUAAAGUUGACCGUGAUAUCACUACCACCAGAAUAGCAUCUUUGGAUUUGUUUAUCUUUAUGAAUAUGUGGACAAGAUCAGAUGUGGGUUAUAUUCAAAGGCCAAAAUGCAAUGAGACUAAUUUGGUUGCCAGCAGUACUGCCCAGUAGCAGUUCUAAUGUUUUUAAACCAUGUGUGACAAGUAACUAAAGCUUUCAUAGCAUUCCUUGUCAUUUGUUUUAAAACGAGCCUUCCAGAUGCCUGUUAAUUAGCUUGCUUUUAAACUAUCAUUUAGGUAAAGUAGCCACAUUACUUAUUUCAGACAAUAUUUCAGACUGAUGUCUGGGUGGGCUUGAUUAACCUUGUUCAGGACGUUCAGGUGUAUACUUAACUAUAUGAAUUUACAUUGUUUUGCUGUCUACAGAUGAUCAGUUUAUAACCUUAACUGAGAUCUUGGUCUUUUAUCGACGAAAACGAAUUUAGAUAUACAAUCUUGGCCAAAUUUGUUGUUACCCUUCCACAAAAAAAAUGUUGGCAUCCAUGAUGGUUUAUUCCAUGUUUAAUGCAAAUCACACUUUGUUUGGACUUUUCAUUCAACAGAAUAUUUUAGUUAAUAAAACAAAUGAAAAUGGCAUGACAAAAAUAAUGGCACCCUUUCCCUAAUAGUAUGUUACACAGCCUUUAGAGGCAGUCAAUGGCAACAAGCGUUUUCGGAAGCUCUUAAUGAUCUGCAUCUGUCAACAGGUAGUUUGGACCACUCUUCCUGAACAAACCAUUCAAGCUGCCUAGGUUAUUCCCAUGACCUUUAACCUUUACCAUGGUUGUCUAUUGGUGUCUUUCCGAUUUCCCCAGACAGAUCUCUCCUUUGCUUUCUCUGGUACAUGCUCAGUAUCUCAUGCACUGAAUGAACCAAACUGCAGAGUACUACAGUACUUUUCUCCAACUUUUCUAAAUAGGCUGAAAGACUGAAUGCAAGAUCAAAUACGUCUGUGAUACAAAUUAAGCCGAAACUGUAAUUACUAUAUUACAUUACUGUAAUACAGAACAGUACAGUCGUUUCUUAUGGGUACCAACGCAUUUCUCAAGGCCUCUUUAGAAUAUCUUUGUAAAAUAAACAACAAAUUAUUUAUUUUCAAACCUUCUUUGCUUUAUUUACCAAAGGCAUGCAGCCAUACAUUGUGUCAAAAUUCAUCACUUUUAAGGAACAUCGAAGCAUUAUCGAUGAGCUAUAAGGGUACCAACAAAUUUGGCCACAACUGUAUGAUUCAUUAGUGACGUUCAAAAUUGGAAAGUAAGUGUUUUGUAGAAGAAAGGUAUUUCUGUUGAAUUUCUGUAUGUGAGUGUAUGAGUCUUUGCUGAUGAAUGUAAAAUUAUCAUGACUGGUGUUGCCAAGUCAGGACUUCUCUGAUUGCAUAGAGAAUCGACCAAAGUCACCAAAUCAUAUUCUCUUUAUGUGUUUAUAACUGUUUUUCCUCCAUCAACACUCUCCUUUCUUCUCUCCAGAUUAAUGGACAUUAGAUAAUGGUGUCAUUAUUUCAGGAAUACAAAAAAAAAACUACUAGUGGAGUGGAGAGGACUGAUGUUAAGCAUUUCAGGACCUUGCCUUCAAAUGCUCAGAGUGCUUUUUGCCAGAGUGACCACUUCAUUAAAGGCUGUUCUUUCCUUUCUUUGUGUACACCAUAUAGAUACAGGAAGAAAGCCAGAUGUAAUUAUGUACAGAAUUUGUGUAAGUUAUUUUUGGAGCCUCAUAAGAGAUGGGUGUUCUAGGGCUGGUCUUUGCAGUUACACAUCAGACCACUUUAAACACUAUCCCCGACUAACCGAUGUUUGAGUUUUUCCAAUACAGAUGAUUAAAACCAUGAGUGAAUAAAUUGUUUUAUGUUUUUGAUAUUGUUAAGGGGGUUUGGGAUAACUGAAAUUUGUUUCUAUUAUGACGCACACAAAUACAACUUGAUUCUGGCCCUACAUUUUAGAUUAACCAAACUUAUUCCAAGACAGAGAAUUGGCUGACUGCAUUCUCUAUCUUUGUGUAACAUAAUUUCUUAAUAAACACAAUGCUUUCA